GGCCUGUUACAGACCACUGACAAUACGGUCAGCUUGAUAAACAUGCUACUAUCACCGUGUUGUCGCGGAAAAUGUCUAUUUAUUAAAUAUUUGCUGCGACUUUAGUCAGUUGUAUAUCAGCUCGGGCAUUGACAAUAACAGGCGUGACGUCACGCACGCGCAGAGCCGAGCGUGAGAGAGAGAGAGAGAAGAGCGCGAGCGCACAGGGACUGUAGAGACAGAGCUGCGCGGCAGCCAUCUUACAGCUUUUACUGUCACCCGGGCUACAUCUCCUGGAUAUUUCUUUAACAAAGGCGACGUGUACGAGGAGGAAGCGGCUCUUUUUCAGCUUCUUUUUGGUCAUUUGAAGCAAAACUGCGGGAUGAGGAACGGCAGGUCCAAGCCUGUGUGCUCAGCGGGCGGACUGCUGCUGCUGCUGCUGCUCGGACUGUUAUGCGAGGUGGAGGCAGCCAAAGUCAACAAACAUAAGCCAUGGAUUGAGACGACGUAUCACGGCAUCGUGACAGAAAAUGAUGACAAAGUUCUGCUGGACCCUCCACUGAUAGCACUGGAUAAAGAUGCCCCGUUGCGUUAUGCAGAAAGUUUUGAAGUGACCUUCACCAAAGAAGGGGAGAUUUGCGGCUUCCGUAUUCAUGGCCAGAAUAUUCCGUUUGAGGCGGUGAUGUUGGACAAGUCCACAGGCGAAGGAGUGAUCCGGGCCAAGGACAAGCUGGACUGUGAGCUCCAGAAGGAGCACACAUUCACCAUCCAGGCCUAUGACUGUGGAGAGGGACCCGACGGAGCCAACAUGAAGAAAUCUCACAAGGCAACCGUUCAUAUCCAAGUGAACGACAUGAAUGAGUACUCACCCGUAUUCAAGGAGAAGUCGUACAAGGCUACGGUCAUCGAGGGCAAAGCGUACGACAGCAUCCUGAAGGUGGAUGCAGUGGAUGCUGACUGUUCCUUCCAGUUCAGUCAGAUUUGCAGCUAUGAGAUCGUCACCCCUGAUGUGCCCUUCACCAUUGACAAGGACGGCAACAUCAAGAACACUGAGAAGCUGAACUACAGUAAGGAGCGUGCGUACAAGUUGACAGUGACCGCUUUCGACUGUGGGAAGAACCGAGCCUCAGAGGACGUCCUCGUCAAAAUCAACGUCAAACCAACCUGCAAACCAAGCUGGCAGGGCUUUAAUAAGAGAAUUGAGUACGAGCCUGGCACAGGAAGUCUAGCGCUGUUCCCUAGCAUUCGUCUGGAGACCUGCGAGGAACCGAUCACCUCCAUCCAGGCCAGCAUCGAGCUGGAGACCAACCACAUCGGCAAGGGCUGUGACCGAGACACGUACUCUGAGAAAUCCCUGCACCGUCUGUGUGGUGCCAGUUCCGGCACCGUGGAGCUGCUGCCCUCUCCCAGCAGCGCCACCAACUGGACCGCAGGCCUGCCCACUGACAAUGGCCAUGACAGCGAUCAGGUCUUUGAGUUCAAUGGCACUCAGGCUGUGAAGGUUCCUGAAGGUAUGGUGAGCACAAGCCUGAAGGAACCCUUCACCAUCUCAGUGUGGAUGAGGCACGGACCCGGUAGCCGGGAGAAAGAAACCAUCCUCUGCAACUCUGAUAAGACGGAGAUGAACAGACACCACUACUCCCUGUAUGUGCACAACUGCCGUCUAGUGCUGCUCCUGCGCCAGGACCCCAGCGAGGCAGAGAACUACAAACCAGCAGAGUUCCACUGGAAACUCGACCAAGUCUGUGAUAAAGAAUGGCACCACUAUGUGCUUAACAUCGAGUUCCCUGCCGUGUCUCUGUUUGUUGAUGGAGCUUCCUUCGAGCCUUUCCUGGUCACAGAGGAUUACCCUCUCCACGCCUCCAAGAUUGAAACUCAGCUCACUAUUGGUGCCUGCUGGCAAGACUUCUCAGGACAUGACAAUGACACAGAGACAGGCUCAGAGCCUUUGACAGGUGGCAGCGCUCACAUGGCCCAGUACUUCCGGGGCAAUUUAGCUGGCCUCAUGAUCCGCACUGGGAAGCUGGAGAAUAAGAAGGUGAUCGACUGCCUGUACACAUGUAAGGAGGGUCUGGACGUGCAGCUCCCAGAGGAAGUGGCUUCUGCUGUGAAGGUGGACUUUAACCCCAAUCAGUCAUCUCUAUCUCUGGAGGGAGAUGAUAUCGAGAGCUUUGAGAAGGUCAUGCAGCACAUCUCCUACCUGAACUCCAGGCAGUUCCCCACACCAGGAAUACGCCACCUGCGUCUCACCACCACCGUCAAGUGCUUUAACGAGGAGACGUGCAUCUCGGUGCCUGAUGCAGAAGGCUAUGUGAUGGUCCUUCAGCCAGAGGAGCCAAAGAUCAGCCUGAGUGGAAUCGACCACUUUGCACGCGGAGCAGCUGAGUUUGAGAGCACCGAGGGUGUGACGCUGUUCCCCGAACUACGUGUUGUCAGCACUAUCACACGUGAGGUGGAGGCCGAGGCCGAAGGAGAGGACGAGCCCACGGUGCAAGAGUCUGUGGUUUCUGAGGAGAUCAUGCAUAACCUGGACACGUGUGAAGUGACUGUAGUUGGAGAAGAUCUGGAUGGAAACCACGAGAGUCUGGAGGUGGAUUUGGCCCAGGUUCAGCAGAGAGGCCUGGAGAUUAGCUCCUCCAACAUGGGCAUGGUCAUCACUGGUGUAAACACCAUGGCCAACUACGAGCAGGUCCUGCACCUCAUUCGUUACAGGAACUGGCACACGGAGGCUUUGUUUGAUAGGAAGUUCAAGCUGGUCUGCUCAGAACUCAAUGGCCGGUACAUCAGCAAUGACUUCAAGGUCGAGGUCAGUGUGAUUCACACAGCUAACCCAGUUGAGCAUGCUAAUAACGCCAUGUAUCAGCCUCAGUUUAUCAACCAAGUCAAGCACGCCUCUGUGGACCUGUCUGGACACAACCUGGCCAACACACAUCAAGCUUCAGUUGUCCCCAGUGCUGCCACGAUCGUCAUCGUGGUGUGUGUAAGCUUCCUGGUGUUUAUGAUUAUUCUGGGCGUAUUCAGGAUCCGUGCUGCUCAUCAGCGCACCAUGAGAGACCAGGAGAACGGCAAAGAGAACGAGAUGGACUGGGACGACUCUGCCCUCACCAUCACAGUCAACCCUAUGGAGACUUAUGAGGAUCAGCACAGCAGCGAAGAGGAGGAGGAUGAGGAAGAGGAGAGUGAAGACGGCGAGGAGGAAGACGACAUCACCAGCGCAGAGUCCGAGAGCAGCGAGGACGAGGAAGGGGCGGAGCCCGAGGACCAGCAGGGCACCAGCCGACAGCAGCAGCUGGAAUGGGACGACUCCACUCUGACCUACUGACGCUGCCGAGCACGUACACCACUCUGAUAACACAUACAAACACACAUACAUACACA